AUGGAUGUGGUCCUGAAAGACAGCUCCUUCCUGCAGACCAACAGUUCCAGUGGUGUCCGAGCCUCUAGUGAUGGGGAGACAGUGAUAGGUGCUUAUUUGCUGCUCCUAGGCUGGCUAUCAUGGCUGGGAAAUGGAGCUGUAAUCUGCCUAAUGUGUAGACGCAGACGAAACUUUGAUUCCCAAGAUCUGUUGACCUUUAACCUUGCUGUGUCAGAUGCAGGAAUCUCCAUUUUUGGCUACAGUCGGGGAAUAGUGGAACUGUUCCAAGGUUUAGACAAAGAUGGAUUCUUCAUCAACUCACUCUGGACUUGCAAUGUUGAUGGCUUUCUAAUCCUACUCUUUGGUUUGAUUAGUAUUAGCACUCUUACAGCAAUCAGCCUUCUACGCUAUGUGAAGGGAUGUCAGCCACUCAGAGCUCACUUAGUAGACAAAUGUUGUGCCUCUGUGACUAUCAUUAUCAUAUGGAUCUCAGCUAUCAUCUGGUCUGGAGCUCCACUUCUAGGCUGGGGCAGAUUUACAGAACGCAGAUAUGGCACGUGUGAAAUAGACUGGUCCCUCGCUACAAGCUCCAUCUCAUACAAAUGUUAUGUCAUUGGAAUUUUCCUGUGGGGGUUCUUCAUUCCAGUGGCCAUCAUGGUCUUCUGCUAUGUGUCAAUCAUCAGAGUUGUUCAUGCCAGUCACAGGAACUCCAAGGGAGGGGAGAUCAGUCAGCGGCAACUCACCAUGGAAAGAGACAUCACACGGGUAUCUUUUGUUAUCUGCACAGCAUUCUUACUAGCCUGGUCUCCAUAUGCUGUUAUUUCUAUGUGGUCAGCUUGUGGUUAUCAGGUGCCAGCACUAACUAGUGUGGUGGCCACACUGUUUGCCAAGUCAGCAAGCUUCUACAAUCCCAUGAUAUACUUCGGAUUAAGCCCCAGAUUUCGAAGUGAACUGAGGGCCAUGAUGUGCUGUUUUCAGCAAGAGAAAGAUUUACCUAUGAGGUGUGAAAAAGCAGCAGUUAUCUAUGAAGCAAAAAAGAUGCAACCAGAGGAUCGCAACCAGAAUUCUAGACAAAUAGAGAACAAUACACUGCUGACUAUUAGUUCUUCAUCACAAAGGACAGAUUUGGUAGAAUCUCCUGAUAUCUCUGAAAUGGGAAAAACAAAAGACAGAAUUGACAAUGUCAAUACGGACAUUACGUUUGACUUUGAGAUAGGGCACAACAUAUAUUUAUAG